AUGCUAUAUACAUCAUUGGCCUGGGCCAUGAGUACCCGCCCCAUUCGCCUCGCCAGUAUCCAGAAGCUCAUCCAGUUCAACAAGAAAACCAAGAUCGUCUCCCGCCCAACUAUCCUCGACUACGCAGGAUGGACCAAAGAGAACACUGCACCGCCGGAUGCCGACUCCAUCUCCCGAAUGUUCCGGACAAAAGGUGUGCAGCUCACCACCUCGGCCUGCAAAGAGGCUAUGCGAGAAGCUUGCCUUGAGCCCGGCGACAUAACGCACACGGUAGCAGUGACUUGCACUGAUCAGAGCAACCCCGGCUAUGAUCUCUUUGUAUGCCAGGAGCUUGGGCUUGGUCCAAACGUGCAACGAGUGCUACUUCAUGGCGUGGGAUGCGCAGGCGGUCUAUCAGCGCUUCGUGCAGCUGCUAGCAUCGCCGCUGCCGCAUCACAAAGAGGACGGCACGCUCGCGUCCUGGUGAUGGCGUGUGAGCUAUGCAGUCUCUCUAUUCAAGCAGAGGUCCAAGCGGCCUGUGAAGACGAUAAGCUACACGUAGCCCCGGCUUUAUUCUCCGAUGGCGCAGCGGCGCUAGCAGUAUGCAACGGCCUUGCGCUGGAAGACGAGCAAAAGCCAGUGUUCGAACUGGAGGAUUGGGACAGCGUAGUCGUGCCGGGUACUUCGAGCUACAUCUCGUACGAUAUCGAGAAGCAUGGUAUGAUAGCUACUAUCAGCAAACACGUCCCAGGUACAGCCAUCGACGCCAUUUUACCCUUGUUCGAUCGACUGCGUGCCACCCUCAAUACUACUCACGUCGCUGCAUCGGUGACCCGCAGUCCUGCUUCGAACUUCGAUUGGGCUAUUCACCCUGGCGGUGCGACCAUCCUACAGGGGGCCAAGCAAGCUCUGCAACUCAACGACGACCACAUCCGAGCUUCCCUCGACGUGUAUCAUAACUAUGGGAACUCGUCCAGCCCGACCGUGCUCAUCGUGCACAACGCAACACGCAUGGCUCGCACACGCUCAAAUCAGCGGUAUAGCGAGAACGCUGAAGCAGUUCCACCAGUUCUGAGUGACGAUGAUGUCAAAGAACCCGAUGAUCAGCUGGCGACACCAUCUGCAUCCUUCCAAGACCGACUGAAGAAGUUCCAGUACACCGAAACGCGGACGGAGCAACGUACUGGACCGCCACCCAGAUCGCCGAUAGAACCUAGAAAGCGCACUAGGACUGCUGUGACGGCGGCCGUAAAGACCGCACCGGAACUCUCCCCACGACCGAAGAAGAAGAGGAAACCCAGCAAAUAUGCUGACCCAUCCAAAUACGCACAUCUGUCGCCGCUGGUCGAUAUACUAGAGCCUAAUCUGAUCUGUGUCUUCGUUGGCACGAAUCCAGGUGUUCAGACGGCCGCUGCAGGGCAUGCUUAUGCCCAUCCCUCAAACCUAUUCUGGAAGCUGCUCCACUCCUCAGGACUUACCGACCGUCGACUGAAGCCUGAGGAAGAUCGGAGUCUCCCUGCUCUUUAUUGCAUGGGUAAUACCAACAUCGUCGAGAGACCCUCCAAAGACGCUGCCGAGCUCUCGAAAGAGGAGACUACGGCCGGCACAGCACAGCUGGAUGCCAAGUUCCUCAAGUUCAAGCCAGAGGCUGUGUGUAUAGUAGGGAAGGGUAUAUGGGAAGCUAUCUGGCGGUAUCGCUAUGGCAAGAACAUCGGCAAAAAGGAUUUCAAGUAUGGGUGGCAGGAUGAGGAGCACAACAUGGGCAAGAGCGAGGAUGGCCAGGAAGAGCAGGAUGCCGAUGGCAAUAUAUGGAAUGGGUCCAGGGUGUUUGUUACUACGAGCACGAGCGGUCUAGCGGCAAGUCUGAAGCCGGCCGAGAAAGAGGCUAUCUGGAAACCCUUCGGCGAGUGGGUGCAGAAGCGAAGAGCCGAACGGGGCUUUGUGCCUCGGCCAGCGGAAGCAUAG